AGUACUUCUCUUGAUGCAGAUGCCGCGAAAUUCGCGAAGACAUUCAACGAUAUCUACGUACUUUCAUCAGUGUGGAACCUCGAUUCCGUGAGCAGACUCUCGUCGCGUACCUUGAAGAGACUCUUGUACGGCAACUAUCGCAAUUUAGGCAUUUACGUGGACGCGCAGUGUGAUAGUCAGAAUUACACCGUAAUCUAUUCCGAGGCUACGAAGUAUCUGAUGUACGAUGAGACGCACAAAUGGCUGAUUUUGGGACAGAACUUGAAUGACACCGUGAAACUGCUCAAUGACGAUGCCUUCAGCGUGGGGACUGACGUCACGAUCGCUGUACCAUCUCUCACCGGUUACGAUCUGUACGAAGUUUACAAUCCUUGCAAGGAACGCGGCGGCUCUUUGAACGUAACUGCUUUGGGUUAUUGGACCGAAAAGUCUGGCGUGGCGAUUAAGCUUAAGCAAUCCAUGUUCGCGAGACGGUCCAAUCUGCAUGGUAUGAAGCUUAAAGUAGGAAUUUUGUUGUCGUAUAAAGCUUACAAUUUGUCAACGGAGGAUAUCAUAUUGGAUCACAACUUGAAAGCGAAAUAUGGCCGAUCUCAGUUUCUUUUCACACUCUUAUUACAUAUGGCCGAUCUUUUCAAUUUCACGAUGGACAUCGUGGAAGUUAAUCCGAAGAAGCGGCAAGACAAUACUGCGCCAAUAUUCGCAGCCUUUCAAAAGAAAGCGAUAGAUAUUUCCGCCAGUCCAAUUGUAAUGAAGACGGAAAAAUUAAGGAUGGGAGACAUUAUCGGACCGGUAUGGCCGAUGCGAACAUGCUUUCUAUUUCGCACGAUAUCCUCGGCAAACUUGAAGACAGAGCAAUUCUUGCGACCGUUAAAUAUCAAGGUUUGGUAUCUGAUACUCUGCAUGAUAGUGAUCAGCGCGUUGAUCUUGGCGAUAUUGUUGAAACGAGAAGGCAUUCACGACAUGAAGGAAGGCUACGGCAUUUCUGUUCUUCUUGCUAUAGGCGCUCUGUCCCAGCAAUGUGCCGUAGUGGUUCCGUAUCAUUAUGCUGGUCGCAUAGCGUUUCUGCAGAUCAUGCUGUUCAGUUUGCUGAUUCUAAACUACUAUUCCGCGAGCGUCGUGUCGGAUCGCCUGAAGAAUAGAGCCCAGAAGAUGAACGACUCGUUGAUUGAUCUGGCAAACAGCCACCUGAGAAUAGCGGCCGAACCUACGCCUUAUCUUCGUACUUUUCUGAAGUCACCAGAGAAGGAGGUCCAAUAUUUCAUGGAGAGACGGUGGGAGAGAGUACCGGAGUCCAAACGAUAUCUGUCUCUAGCGGAGGGCCUAAAUAAAGUGGCCGAAGGCGGAAUCGCUUAUCACACAACCAUCGAUUCUGCAUAUCCGUACAUCGAGCGAAAUUUCCAACCGCGGAUGAUAUGCGAGAUGACGGAGGUCCAUCUUUUUCGCGCUGUGUUAGCUCUCUGGACUAGACGCAGAAGUCCGUUCACGCCACUGUUUAGAGUUGGUCUGAUCAAAAUGUACGACAUGGGCAUACGCAAGCGUCAGCUGAAGCGUUGGUCGCCGAGGAAGCCCUUCUGUCCAAGGAAUAUGCUAAUCGCCGAACCGCUAUCGAUCCACGAGGCCGCGCCUGUUUUCGCCUUUCUCAGCAUCUCCGUCGCGCUCUCCAUCGUAAUCUGUAUUACAGAGAACUUCAUCUACUGGAUGCGACCUAUACGAUUAUCAAUGUCCGCUAACGAGAAAUGACUCAUCAGAGCCGAAAAAUCUGUAUCAUGCGACGUUGAUCUGCUGCGCGGAAUGAAGUACCUCUGCGCUAAUGAUAAAUCGUUUUUAUGUAACGUCCAAUCUCGCGGAUGCGCU